UUCAAAUGGUGAGGAAGGCUACACUCUGUAGUCCGUGUCAGGUGAUCUAAUAACAGUGGUUAGAUCAACUCUUCCCCCUCGCCGGCCACCCUGAAAGGAACUCCAAUGGCCCCUCUCGCCCCAAGGACUGGCGAUGCGGUCUUCGCCAGCGUCGAACGCGUCAAUGCGGAGCUGUUCACGCUUACGUACGGCGCGAUUGUGCGGCAGCUCCUCACGGAUCUGGAGGAGGUGGAGGAGGUUAACAAGCAGCUCGAUCAGAUGGGUUACAAUAUUGGAGUUAGAUUGAUUGAUGAGUUUCUGGCCAAGUCUGGUGUAUCCAGAUGUGUUGACUUCAGGGAAACAGCUGAUGUGAUUGCGAAGGUUGGUUUCAAAAUGUUCUUAGGGGUCACUGCAUCUGUGACCAAUUGGGAUGCUGAGGGGACAAGUUGCAGCCUUGUUUUGGAUGAUAAUCCCCUAGUGGACUUUGUUGAGCUUCCUGAUACAUGCCAGGGCCUUUACUACUGCAACAUCUUGAGUGGAGUUAUAAGAGGAGCAUUGGAAAUGGUGUCAAUGAAGACUGAAGUCACCUGGGUCCGAGAUAUGCUACAUGGGGAUGAUGCGUAUGAGCUGCGAGUGAAACUUCUGAAGCAAGUUCCAGAGGAAUACCCAUACAAGGAUGAUGAGUAACUUCUGAAGCAAAAAAAUUAUCAAGCAUGAAAUGGAAACUUUUACCUGGAGAUAAAGCAAAGAAAACUCGACGAUCUGUGAUCGGACUUGAUUGGAGGCUGGACGUGGCCAAGUAGGCUGUAGUGCGGCAAAAUUGGUUUAUGAGGAAAAACUGAUUCCACUUUACUCUUUUAUGAUUUCACCACUUCUAAUCCUGUGGGUGAUGCUCAUGUGACUUGGAUUUAUUGGGAUCAUUGUCUUGCCUUUCUUCAACCAAACGGCUGGGAUGGUCCGAAUGGAACUCAGCUCAUUCUUAUUCCCAUUCCAAGGGCCAACUUCAACCAGCCAAAUGUGCUCUCGGUUUGGUGAAACAUGCACCCUAACCGACAUGAUAGCAACUCUAUAUAUAAUGGAGAAUGAAGUUUUUGCAUA